CAAAAGUGUAAGAGAUUCAUUAAAUGGCUGUGCAAGAUGAGUCAAUUGGACUAGCGAUGAUAAUUGUUGGCAUGGCGAAUUGCUUGAGCUCGACCGUGGGAAGUUGGGAAUUCCUGGUGCGCGGACUAGCGACGGUGUCAAUGGUCGAUCGCAUGAAUGAUCUGUGUCAUUCUGCAUUGUCGGACGAAACCGAUCACGAUCUAUGAGAUGAGACUGAAUGAAUACGAAAACAAGAAAGUCCCUACUCGAAGAAUAGGACGGAAGAGGGAUACGAAGGGAG